UAAUUGUCGAGUGAGAUGAUUGUGCGAAUUGUUCCGUUGACCACCGUUCCGAUCGGUCAGAAUUCGGUAGCGAAGAGCUCCAGCGUUGCGUAGAAUGGGAAAAGAAGGUGGGAAAGAAGGUGAAACUUCCUCAUCCGUUCCUUACGAUCGCCUGAUCGCCGUUGCAGGAUCAUCUGCUGAUGAUCGAGAACGGGGCGUUGUGGAUCGGGAGGAGGAGGCCAAAUCCAUCGCGCAAGGUACGGCAGGUGAGAUAAGGGCUGUUGGAAACGGCGGUUAUCAGAACGGCAAAACCGCUGCUGGAAUGGGGGCCGGUGAAAGGAGGGUAAGCAGCGCGGAGCAGGAAGAACUGUUCGCAGAGUACCGUGACGAACAGGGCGCGGGAUCAGAGGCGGACGACCCCGAAAUGGAUCGUAACAAACGAAAUGGUGCGAGCGAUCGAGCGGCAGGAUCACCUCGGUUUAGCAGGAAGCUGGCCCUGCUGAACGUGUUGGCGAAUGGGUUAAUGUUUGCCGUGGCCGGUUUUAUCACGUAUCACUGUUUCAACAAAGCGAUGGUCCUGUUUUCCUGGCAUCCCUCCUUCAUGGUGAUUGCGUACCUGAUUCUGAUGUCCCAAGCGGUGCUAACGAUGUCAGGAACAAACUACUUCACCCAUCGAUGCACCCACCGGACGAGAGUAUACAUCCAUUGGGUGCUACAGGCGGUGGCAGGCAUUCUGAUUAGCAUCGCAUCCGUAUGCAUCUUCCUGAACAAGAUACGGCUCGGAAAGGCCCACUUCCAGACACUGCACGGCAUUUUCGGACUGGUGACUGUUUGUGCCACGUUGGCAUCGAUUGCCGGCGGUGUGACGACCAAGUACGCCUUUCAGCUCCGGACGUACGUGAGGCCACUGUACAGCAAACUGGGACACGGUAUUGCCGGUACCGUGACGUACCUGCUCGGUAUUACCACCAUCGGUUUGGGCGUGUACGGUCGCUGGUUCCAGGAGGACAACGAUGCAACCGUUCGUCUGAUGUUGGUCCUCGCGAUCGCCCUCAUCGCUCUAUAUGUGAUCGCCACACCGAUCGUGAACACGGUGCAGCGAAUUAAGACGGCCGCUCGGACAACGCUUUAGGACUCGCGAUUCGAUUUGCGUAAUAAAUCCAAAAAAGAUCUAUUUCAUUCCAUA